CAGACAGCUAGGUAAAUGUUCAAUGGCAUCGUACAAAAAACUGGGCGUACGUACGUACAUGGUAUGUACUUAUCGUAAAAAAAUAUAAAAAAAUUGGCAUUAAUGCGUUUGUGGGUGGUGUGGAACGUAGCGUGCCUGCAGCUGAACGUGUGCUGGGGAUGCCUGCCAGUGACACCUACUCUUACCAUUCAAUGGCCACUGUCACCGACCAGUGUGGCUCCGACGGACCUGGCAGACAUGAUUACGGAUGCGAUGCGGACCGGCCGGCAGGACGAGCGCAUCACUCUCCAUCUGGCCCCGGAUGAGGGCAUUAUGCAGGGAGAACUUCGCCGGCCCCGUUUAGGCGAGGACGCCAUGUUCAGCUGCGAAGCACCGCCCGGGGGCGACUGGCGCAUGCUGACCUGGCUGCACCGCGGACGGACCAUUUUCGAAGGAGGCCACGCCCCCGCUCAGCCGCCCGAUCCUGUACAGCGCUACAAUGUCAGUCGUUCAGGUGACCGCGGCCUAGAGCUAGUGGUCCUCAACGUCACCGCCUACUCGGGCGGGCCAGUGCUGUGCGUGGAUGCCACGCCCACCCGGCUCUACACCAGCCAACCGCGCAUUCUGCGCCGCUUCACGCUCCUUCCACUAAUUACACGCGCCAGCGAAGUCUUUGCGCCGCACUCCGAGGGCAGUGCGGCGCGCGUGGUCAACGAGGGCGGUCGCCUCAACAUCACGUGCCGCAUCCGCUUGCCGCUCCCGGAGGCGGUUUUGCACAACCAGGAUAAUUAUUUUUUCUGGCGCUACAAAGGCCGCAUCAUCAGCCAGUACACGGAGCCGCCGUACGGUGCGCUGUUCCACAGGAAAAACCCGCCCAUCAUCGGCUAUUCAGUCGCGACAUCGAACCACGAAGAAUUCAAAUUCAGCAAUCUUCCCGGUCAAUUUGUUAACUACACAUUACAUUUGGCGAAUUUCCAAGCCAACGGUGACGGCGAGAUUCAGUGCUUCAUCCGGCCACACGAAGGCAUCCACGAGUGGAUCUUUCAAACUACCACCAUCACUGUUCUUGCCUAAUGGUGAUACUGACGCAUUAAGUCCAUAUACGAAGCCUGUCGUCUGUAAAGCACUGUACGAGUACAGUAUUUACAAGAUAAACAGCAAGAUCCCUUACGAGUAGACCGGACGCACUACUCUAGUUGUCGGCUCCGCUAAGAUCAGUGGAAGUGACAAGUUAAUGUACUUUGGCUAAGUUUUCGACCAUGUCGCACACUGAAAUGGUCUUAUAUUUUUAUGCGGCUCCCGAACUAACGUAAAAACUAAUAUUUUUAAUAUGUAAUACGCUAGCUUCGUAAUAUUUCGUUGGUGCUAAAAAAUUAAUCAAAAAACUUUACCGCAAGGCGACACUGGCAAAU